AUGCUGGCAGGUCAGCUCAAGGCUGGCACCCACCAGGGCACCCACCCAGAGGACCCAUGUCCGGGAGCUGGGGCUGUUAUGGAGAAGACAGCUGCAGCAGUUGAGGUCCCUACAGAGGACUGCAACACCGGGGAGACGCAACCAUUACAGCAGCAGAUCAUCAGACUUCACCAAGAGCUCGGGAGACAGAAGUCUCUGUGGGCUGAUGUUCAUGGAAAACUCCGGAGUCAUAUAGAUGCUUUGAGGAAGCAGAACGUGGAGCUCCGAGAAAAGCUGAUAUCUCUGCAGCUGCAGCGGUGGGAAGCCAGGCAGAAAUCUGCAGCGUCCCCACAUGCGGGGCAAGAAUCACGCGCUCUGGCAUUGGAACCCGCUUUUGGAAAAAUUUCACCUCCGUCGGCUGAUGAAGAGAAAAUGCCCAAAUACGUUGGCCACAAGAAUCAGAGCGCCGCUCUCCCGGGACAAAGAUCAUCAUCUAACAAUUCAGCUCCUCCAAAGCCAAUGAGUUUAAAUAUAAGAAUAAUUAACUUGUGGAAAACAACACCACAGGAAAAUAGAGAUAAAAGUCUUUCCGGGAGAUGUCAAGGCAGAAGAGCAACACCCACUGGAAGACCGACGCCCUGUGCAGAGAGACGGAGGGUGUCUGAAGAUGGAAAGGCUAUGCAUCCAUCUUCCCGAAGUCUGCAAAACUCGAGGGGCAGAAAAUCACCAGUGCAGGCUUCCCAGGCCGCCAUGCUGCAGGAGCAGAUGGCAGCAGCCAGAGGAGCUGACGGAAGCUCAUCAGUCUUAGAGAGUUCUGAAGGUGGCUUUCUCAGCCACAUGCAACCUGAUGAGUUCACCGGUUCUUCCCUAAACAUUGCAGAACGGCAGGAAAUCUGGGCUGUGAACUUCUGUGUGAUGUAG